GCCAUUUCUCAACCUCGAAAAAAGAACCACUCACCAAUUUCUUGACAACGUACGCCCAUCGAAAAGGCAGUCAUCGCGGAUCAGUUAUAGCUCGCAGUGACCUCACUAUUCCUUCCCAGGACGUCACACGUUAAGUCGCCGGUCCAAUCAGUUACCAAUUUCGGUCUGAGCGAUUCGCGACGAGAACCAGUUACAGCCAUGUCCGCAGCCAACUCACCGGCUGGCUCGCGAGCCGGGUCAGCUGAACCGACUCAUCACGAUGAGCGCCCUGAUGGGGCUGCUGAUGUUCACGAUGGAGAUGCCGGGAAUGCCUCCGACAAGGAUUCCGACCUGCUAUCCGAAAUCGACGAAGACCAGUUCGAGGACUACGAUCCAGCCCUCGAAGAGAGGCCCGUUGAGAUUGAUGAAAAUGUUGCAAUGACUUUGAAGGCGGCCAAGCGCAAACGGACGGAUGGCGAAACAGUGAGAAAGCCGAAGGAGGGGCGCAGACCAAAGAAGAGGUCAAGGGCGGUUGAAGACGACGUUGGUGAUGGGGAGGAGGGUGAACGCCGGCCGCGGAAAGCACGCGCUACCGGCGAGCGACGGACUGCGGGGAUGGAGGAGGAAGAGGAGGAAGUCAACGAGGAGAAUCUCACGCCCGAGGAGCGGCGUCGCCGGGCGAUUCAGCGGGCCAUGGAUAACGCCCUAAAGAACCCAACGAAGCGCAGGCGGAAGAAGGAUGAUAUCGACCUUGAGGAGGAAAUCGACGACCAAAUCGCGAACCUCAAAGUGGCGAUGGAGAAGGCUUGCGAAGCGGAUAACGAAGCCCGUGACAAGGGCAUGGCUGCCACGCAUAAGCUGAAGCUGCUCCCUCAAGUCACUGCCAUGCUCAACCGAACCGCGAUUCAAGACUCGGUCCUCGAUCCCGAGACCAACUUCCUACAAUCGGUCAAGUUCUUCCUGGAGCCCCUGAACGACGGCAGCCUUCCAGCCUACAACAUCCAGCGCGACAUCUUUAACGCUCUCGCGAAGCUACCGAUCAACAAAGAGGUUCUCCUGAGCAGCGGCAUUGGAAAGGUUGUCUAUUUCUAUACCCGCAGCAAGCGACCCGAACCAAGCAUCAAGCGGAUAGCGGAACGCCUGGUCGGCGAGUGGAGCCGUCCGAUUUUGAAGCGGACAGAUGACUACAAGAAGCGCCAAAUCGAGACUCGCGAUUUUGACAUCAACGCGGCAAGACUUGCCCGGCGCCAAGAGGCCGCCGCCGCCGGCUCGCAAAUAACACUUACCCAACGGCCUGCAGGCAAGACGCGGUUCGAGCUGGAGCGCGAACGCCUCCUCGCCCCCGAAGUCAAGAAGAACCGUGCGCAACCCCCCGGCUUGCCGGCUAGCUACACCAUCGCCCCGCGGAGCACGUUUGACCCGUCGCGAGCCGCAGCGGAGUUCCGUCCCAUGGGGUCUGCAGGACUGGAGGCGUUCAGAAAGAUGACCCAGAAAGGAAAGGGUGGGAGACGCUAGUUGCUCGAGGAAAAACCGUGAACACAAGCUUAGUUGGAGGUCGAGUUCAUCGCUCUUACGAAAGGAGGCUAGGCCAGCUUCGGCGGCCUGCUUCCUCCCUACAGGCAUCUGAGGGCUUUGGAUUGCUGAUUGGGUGGUUGGAGCACGCAACUUAUAGGACACGGCGCGGGAUUCACGGAUCGACUCAUAUGUAAAGGUUUGAGCUGCUGGGUAAUGGGAA